GUCACAUACAUUAAAGUCAUGGCGAAAUUGAAACAUGCGAUUUGGAAUAUUUCUUCUAAUUUUGUUGCAAAUCGAUAUUUUUCACGUUUAUUAACUUCUCAGUGGUAUAAUGUAUCUGAAGUCUCAUUAGUAAAUAAUACAUUAAUGGAAAGUGCUGUUAAAACCGAAAAUGAUAUCAUCAUUACAGAUAGUUGUGUAAAACGUUUAAAGGAAAUUACAAAUAAUAAUGCUUAUUUAAGAGUCACUGUAGAAAGUGGAGGUUGUUCUGGUUUUCAAUAUAAAUUUGACUUAGACACUAAUAUAAAUGAAAAUGAUAAAGUAUUUCAAAAGGAUGGAGCAAAAGUGGUUAUAGAUUCAACAUCUUUAAAAUAUAUUAGAGGGUCAACAAUAGAAUAUCGAACAGAAUUAAUAUGUUCUGCAUUUAGAAUAAUUAGUAAUCCUUUAGCUGAACAAGGUUGUUCUUGUGGUACAAGUUUCUCUAUUAAAAUAUAA